CAAUUUGUACCUCGUCCUGCUCCGAAAAGCCACGGGCGAUGAUAGCACGAGGGACCAAAUUUGGGGCGGGUUGCGGUGGCGGAAUGGUGAGGGUAUCCCGUGUUCUCCUUUUCAAGGACGGCGGCGGAGGUGGCGGCAAUGCACUCCUCACGGUGCUUUCCGAAAUCUUGGUCUGCCCUCUCUCCAAGCAGCCCCUCAGGCAUUGUCCAGAUUCCCGGUCCCUGGUCAGCGAUGCCGUCGGUGUUUCGUUUCCGAUCGUCAAUGGAAUCCCUUGUUUGGUGCCAAAGGAUGGCAAGUUGCUGGAGGAUCAAAUCAAAUUGAAAGUUGAUGAUUCAUGUAUUGCCAAAGGUGAAAGUUGAUUAAUAUCAAACUGUGCAAGUUUGCAGAAAGCAAUGAUUUUGAGAGUUGUUAGGACUUUAGCAGCAUUAGAUUUGGGUUCUUAUUUCAUCUGAGUAUGUGAAAGAUACAACUAUUUGAAACUGUUCGUUUGUUUUGAGCAUAUCUUUACUAAAAGAA